AUGGCAGAAACUAGGUCCUCCAUUCAGAACUUGGAGAUACAGGUUGAUCAACUGAGCAAGAAAAUUUCAAAGAUCCCCUCUAACACUCUCCCAAGCAACACAGAGGUGAAUCCAAAGGAAGAGUGUAAGAAACUCAUGAUAGAGGUAGAGGCUAAACUAGAAGAGGAACCUACUACUGAGGAGCUCAAGGAAAUCAGGGCUCAUGAGGAGACCAAGAAUGUCACCUUGUAUGCCCCUUUACAGAGAAAGGAGCCUAAAGAACACCCCUCUUCAGAUGUACAAGAGGAGCCUAAGGAGGAGCAAAUGGCUCGAUUCUUGCCAAUCCUCAGGAAGAUGAAAGCCAAUUCCUCUCAUGCAGAGAUAUUGGAGAAGGACCCCCCUUCCAUGGCAUGUUUGAAGGCCUCAAAGGGAGAUGAGACUGUGGUGUUGACCAAGGAGUGGACCAUCACCUUUGAUAAAGCAUUAUGCGACCUCGGCUCAAGCAUCAAUCUUAUGCCUCUCUUUCUGAUGAAGAGGCUGGGAAUUCAGAACGUGCUGCCUGCCAAGAUCUCAUUGGAGAUGGCAGACAAGUCCCUGAAAAGGGCAUAUGGCAUGGUGGAAGAUGUCCUUGUAAAGGUUGAAGACCUUUACGUCCCUGCAGAUUUUGUGAUCCUAGACACUAAGGAGGAUAGAGAUGACUCAAUCAUCCUUGGAAGGCCUUUCCUAGCCACUGCUAAGGCCUUAAUUGAUGUGAAAAAGGAGAGCUAG